CAGCGCGGUUGCGCAUCCGCGUGAUGUGUCCGCGUCGCCCGCGGCCUUCGCCGAACAUGCGCAUGUUCAUGUCAAGCGUAGUGCGAGGGGAAUAAUAUUUUGGCUUUCGGGGGCCUAAAAUUAGCCGGAAAAUGCAUAAGUUAAAAUUUUCACAAAGGGACAAAGUGAAAAAAUUUAUAACGUUUACACAAACUGGGGAGCAAACCGCGAUAUAUUGUUUAGCCCAAAAUGAUUGGAAGCUGGAUCUCGCGAGUGACAACUACUUCCAGAAUCCAGAAGCUUAUUACAAAGAACCGAAAAAUUCCGUCGACAAGAAGAAACUGGAGAUAUUGUAUAGCAAAUACCAAGAUCCAAGUGAACCCAAUAAAAUUACGGCGGAUGGCAUCAUGAAGUUUCUCGAUGACUUGAAUCUAAGUCCUGAGAGCAAAUUAGUUUUAAUUAUUGCAUGGAAAUUUCGCGCCGAGACGCAAUGCGAAUUCACCAAGGAGGAGUUUAUGAAUGGAAUGAUGGACUUGGGUGUGGAUAGUAUAGAUAAGCUAAAAGCGAGAUUAGGUAGUUUAGAAAAUGACUUAAGGGAUCCACUAAAGUUCAAGGAUUUCUAUCAUUUCACAUUUAAUUAUGCGAAAAAUGCCGGGCAAAAAGGCUUAGAUUUGGACAUGGCGAUCGCAUAUUGGAACAUUGUAUUAGAUGAUAAAUUUAAAUUUCUUCAAUUAUGGUGUCAAUUCUUACAGGAACAUCACAAAAGAUCAAUUCCAAAAGACACGUGGAACUUACUAUUAGACUUUGCACUUAUGAUCAAUUCGGACAUGAGUAAUUAUGAUGAGGAAGGUGCCUGGCCUGUGUUAAUUGACGAUUUUGUAGAAUGGGCACAACCACGAGUUCGCCAGUCUCUCUAACGAUUUUCUUUCCUUUGUAACAUUCUCGUACGUGAUAACAUUAUUUAUUCAUUUAUAAAGGGUAUAUUUUUGAAUUUUCUUUGGAAUCAUCUUUUCUCUAAAAUGUCAUAACAUUGUUCUUUUGAUUUUGAAACUCGUCGUAGACAAAUUAAUGCACCUAAUAUAAUGAAUCGUAGUAUAAACUUAUAUAGCGUCCUGUAAUAUGCAUUCUCAACAAUUUACAAUAUAUCGCUUCAGUAGAUACGAUUUCAUUUGCUAAAAUACGCAAAGAGAACUGUCUUUUGAGUGUGCUUAAAAAAAACGAUAACAGAGUUAUUUACUUAUUUAUUAUGUUAUUAAGUUCAACUUGUGUGAAAUUUACUAACCAUGUAGAGUAUACGAAAUUAUACUAUAAAAUAAUUUAAUUGCAACUUUUCAUUUACCUUUGAGGAGAAAAUCAUUAUUGCCUUGAAAUUGAUCAUAUUGUACAAAAUAAUGAUACGUGAAACGUUUAUUUACAUGUCCGAAUAACAGAUCGUUGCUCAACUACCAUCGGUAGUAUUUGCAAGCAAUUGAAAGAAAAGAAAGAAUACUUUUCAAUGAUCUUUUAAGUAAUAUAAAUAUUUGAAGCAAAAUUGAAAGAGAAAUUAGUCUAUACGUUCCUGUAGAUAGUAAUUUCUAGAAAUUGCGUUGUUGAAAAUUGUUAUUGAAUAAAUUCUACGAUACUCUAUUACACGACACUUAGAAUGUAUUGUAUAUAAAAAUAUAAAGAGAAAGAAAUCUGUAUUUUAGACAUUAUACUAUUUCGGCAUUGUUCCAUUUAUUUUUUUUAUAUUCAAUCAGGUUAUACAGUUGUAAUAAUGAAAAGAAAAAGAGAAAUUUAUUUCUUAUAUAUUAGAAAAAAAAUUAUAUAUAAUCUAUUUGUGAAACAUUAUAUAAACAUUGUUCUAGAGAGGCAAAAAUAUAAAUUUUUUUAUAAACAUAAUGUAAUCAUUUUAAUUUUAAUUGUACAACAUAAUUUUAUUUAUUCAAAUUGUAACAUAAAAAGAGUUACUUGUGAAUAUAUUCUUUACAGAUUUUAUUCUCUUAACAAGUUCGUCAUAUUUUGUAUGUUAGACAUUAUCCCUUGUAACUACAUUCUAUAAAAAUUUAGCAGCAAUAUAUUUAGAUUUUUACCUACACAAAAUAUGUCAAGAUUAUAAAGAUAUCAUAAUGUAAAAAAUUGUGUACUAUCACGAAUUGAAAAGAUUGUUAGGAAAUCAAAAUAUUGUAGCUAUAUAUAUAUAUUAUAUAUAUAUAUACACAUAUAUAUAUAAUAUAAUAUAAAAUAUUAUAAAGCUAUAAAGCGAAAACUUUCGAUAAUAUUGUCUCGUCCAUGCGUUUUCGAUUAUGUUUUAUAAACAUAAUGUGAAAUAGACGAUGGCAAAACAAUCUCAACAAAUAUAAAACUUAUGACAGGUAUAAACUUACAAUAUGUAGUUACAUAUCGCCCAGGGAUGUAUGUUUGCGCAAUGCUAAACUCAUUCAAAGAGGAACGUACCAUCGUUCAAAAUUGAUCAUUUUUGCAUAUGAAUUAUUUCCUUAAUAGUUUCAGCAUUGUGUAGACAAUAAAUUGUUUUACCAGCCUUAGGAGAAACGGAAAGUAAAUUGUACAUACUGUAAAUAAAUAUAUCAAUCUCAAUCUAUUUAGUUCGUCUGUUUAAACAAACUGCUAAAUAUACACCACAUUUCGUGUAUAUUAUCUCUACAUAUGUGUUUAAAUAAAAAGUUCUGCUAAAAGUG